CAUGGCCGCGGAGAGUAGCGAAGGUUUGCCAAUAUCUCCGUCCGAGAAAUCGUUAACUGGUAGCCUAGUAUCCGAGGAAAAUGAGAAAAGUGUAUCGCGAUCGCCGUCGACUUACUCGAUACGGGAGGAUAAGUGGCCAGAUCUGGUGGUUUCGAGGCCUAGAAAACUGGACGCCUGGUGGUUACCGAGACCACGAGACCCGGUCAUCAUCGAGAGGAGUAACCUCGUGAAUAUAUCGAAAUUAAUCGUGAAGGAGCUAAUCGAAACAUCUUUAAAAUAUGGUCGUAUGCUCGACUCCGAUCAUAUGCCAUUGCAACACUUUUUCAUCGUUCUUGAACACGUACUUAGGCAUGGUCUGCGACCGAAGAAGGGUCUUCUUGGACCCAAGAAGGAGCUUUGGGAUAUACUUCAACUCGUUGAGAAAUACUGUCCCGAAGCGCAGGACAUUACGUCCAGUAUUCGUGAUCUGCCUACUGUUAGAACUGCUAUGGGUAGGGCGCGAGCGUGGUUACGCAUGGCGUUGAUGCAGAAAAAGUUGGCAGACUAUUUGAAAGUUCUGAUCGAUCACAAGGAAGACAUACUGUCCGAAUAUUUCGAGCCAGAUGCUCUGAUGAUGAGCGAGGAGGCAAUCGUUAUAAUGGGCUUGCUAGUUGGUUUGAACGUAAUCGAUUGCAACUUUUGCGUAAAGGAAGAAGACCUCGACUGCCAGCAAGGUGUGAUUGAUUUCUCGUUGUAUCUGCGGAACAGCAAUCACAUACCUGGCGAAUCUCCGGGCGACGAGCUCGAGAACGACAACAUGACCACUGUACUCGAUCAGAAAAACUAUAUCGAAGAACUGAAUCGACAUCUAAACGCGACCGUAACAAAUCUUCAAGCUAAGGUAGAAUCCUUGACAACCACGAACGCUCUUAUGAAAGAGGACCUCUCUAUCGCUAAAAAUAAUAUACUCUCGCUUCACGACGAAAACAGACAGCUGAAGAAAGAGCUGGGUAUCGAAAUCAAAGAUACGAACGAGAACGGGAAACCGCCGAUCAAAAUUACUGAAACAACGGCGGAAAUCGAGGAGUUGAGAAGUAGAUUAGAGGCUGAAAAGAAAAUGCGGCAGGACGUAGAGAAGGAAUUAGAAUUACAGCAGAUCAGUAUGAAGUCGGAAAUGGAAGUGGCUAUGAAGCUACUGGAGAAAGAUAUUCACGAGAAACAAGAUACUAUCAUAUCGUUGCGACGACAGCUCGAUGAAAUCAAAUUAAUUAACUUGGAAAUGUACAAAAAGCUACAGGAGUGCGAAGGCUCGCUUAAGCAUAAGACAGAACUGAUCACUAAAUUGGAGGCUAAGACGAUAUCGAUGACUGAGACCAUCCAAAAGAUGGAUGAAAAGUGCAAGGAAAUGGAUGGCGUAAGAACAGGCGCAGAGGAGAGGAUGAAGAUUUUGGGCGCUGAAGCUGCCAAGACAGAAGAAAAGGUGAACGGGGUCGAGAAGGAAUUGCGAGUCGAACGUGAAUGGAGAACUUCCUUGCAGGAAGCAUCGAUGUCUAACGCGGAGCAGAUCUCUAAAUUACGUCAGGAAAUCCGUCUAUUGAGGCUGGUGUCUGAGAAAUACAUGGAGCUGCAGGAGGAACAUUACGCGCUGAAGGAGAUCUGCACGGAGCAGAAACGAACUCUGGAGGAACUCGGGGGACAAUUGAGCGCGGCUAAAUUGGCGGCCGUGGAAUUACGUGAGGCCGCUGACAACGCUCAACACCAACAUGACCUGCACCAGCACCAGCAACAGGGUACAACAACCUGGGCGAACGAUCGGUUGGUCACCCAUUGCAAGAGCUGCAACCGUGAGUUCAACAUCACUCGUCGCAAGCAUCACUGUCGGCACUGCGGCAAAAUUUUCUGUAACGGUUGCAGCGACAAUUCCAUGCCUCUACCAAAUUCAACGAAACCUGUCCGCGUCUGCGACGAAUGUUACGUGUUCCUGGCUGGCCGAUAUUAAUACAUGUACCAGCUAGCAGCACCACGACCGUGUCUGAUCCAUCGAACAGAAGGUGAAAAUUCUUCGUCUGCAACGGUGGCGAGCAACGAAGUUCAAGAGAA